CCGGGGCGAGCGGCGGGUUCCGGCUUGGAACGCAGCCCGGACGUAGAUCGAGGUUUGGCCGCGCUCAGCCGGCCUCAACCCGGACUUUUCCGGGCUAGACCGGCCGACCCGCGGGGCUGGAGCGCGGCGCGGGGCAUGCCGGGCGCCGCCCAGGUGGGCAGGUACCUGGGCGGGGCGCGCCGCGGCUGGCGCGGGGGUGGCCGGGCGGCGGCGGAGCACCCGGAAGAGCUGUCCUCCCAGCGAGCGCAACAGGCGACAGCCGAGGGGCCGGGGCCGGAGAGGAGCAGGCCGGGAUGGACAAGCUGAAGAAGGUGCUGAGCGGGCAGGACACCGAGGACCGGAGCGGCCUGUCCGAGGUAGUUGAGGCAUCUUCAUUAAGCUGGGGUACCAGGAUAAAAGGCUUCAUCACAUGCUUUGCUAUAGGAAUUCUCUGCUCGCUGCUGGGUACUCUUCUGCUGUGGUUGCCCAGGAAGGGAGUACACCUGUUUGCAGUGUUUUACACCUUUGGCAACAUUGCAUCAAUUGGGAGUACCAUGUUCCUCAUGGGACCAAUGAAACAGCUGAAGCGAAUGUUUGAACCUACACGUUUGAUUGCAACGAUCCUAGUGCUGCUGUGUUUUGCACUUACCCUGUGCUCUGCCUUUUGGUGGCAUAACAAGGGACUUGCGCUCAUCUUCUGCAUUUUGCAGUCUUUGGCACUGACGUGGUAUAGCCUCUCCUUCAUACCAUAUGCAAGGGAUGCUGUGAAGAAGUGUUUUGCCACGUGUCUUGCAUAAUACACAGCCAAUUUUGCAAAGCUUUGGGCAGCACUGUGUAUGGAAGCUGGUGGACAGUUUUGUAAAUAUCUUUUAAACCUCUGUCUUAUAGACAUGUGCCUUGUAUUUUGCAGCAGUGUGUUGCUUGUGAUUUGAACAUUCGAGGGUUGCUUUUGGAAGCAGUGAUGAGUUCCCAAACCUGAAUGUCUGAAGCACAGUAGAGAAGCAAGUUCUGUUCUGAAUCUUACGGAUUGGAAUCUUCCUCAAGUAUCUUUUUGGAUGUUAUCUCUCAUAAAUAAAAAGCUAUUAAAGCAGCAGCAG